ACAGCUCCUGGGCCCCAGAAUUCCCCCUUCCCCAGCUGCCCGCCCCCGGCCCUUGCCCCCCUCAGGGAGGCGCUCAGCGCCUGAAUGCCGGUAUUGACAUGUAAAGUGGGUCCCCGGUAUAAAUCCUGCCUCCCUCCCCCGGCUGCGAACUCCCGGGGCCGCUUGUUCCCGGAGAGGGGGAACAUGGUCACCCAGCCCGGAGGGCAGGAGAAACCGCAGCUUUGCAGCUUCCGCAAGAUCUCAAAACCCUUGAUGGAGAAGAAGAGAAGAGCCAGGAUCAAUGUGUCUCUGGAGCAACUGAAGGCUCUGCUAGAAAAGCACUAUUCUCACCACAUCCGAAAGCGCAGACUGGAGAAGGCAGAUAUCCUGGAGCUGAGCGUCAAGUACAUGAAAAGCCUCCAGAAUUCUGUCCAAGGUAAAACUUCCGUUGCCCUCCCGUCUCCCUGCGGGAGUCGCAGGGCUCAUGGCGGUUGUCGCUGGGUAGAAGGGUCUUGUGUUAAUCUGGAUCGAAGCUCGAGGCUGCGGGGUCCCGCCGGUUACAUCCCAAUGAUGCGAAUCCACGAGACCUUCCCGGCUGGGCGGACAGGAGGCUUCCAUGGAAAAGAACAUUUCGGCCUCUCCCUGAGCCUGAACCACUUAAUGAAACAGGCAGGUGGGGAUUAA